AUGGCGACUCGGGAGGACAUCCAGCGACUCAUGGUCUUCGAUCAGGCGCGCGCGCAAGCCGAGGCGGACGCCAGGAAGGACCCCAAUGACGCCGGGGCCUACCUGCGGUGGGGCGGAGCGCUCCUGGAGAUCGCGACGAUGAUGCCUCCGCCCGAGGCUGCGCGCGCUCUGGCGGACAGCCGGUCCAAGGUGGAGCGCUGCCUGGAGCUCGACCCGAACAAGCACCAGGCGCACUGGGUCCUCGCGAACAACUUCGCAACUGAGGCCCUCAAUUCCAGCGACGAGGGCGAGGCGGAGCGCCUCUUCGCGAAGGCCUCGCAGGGGUUCAACCGUGCCGUCGAGCUCGACCCUGAGAACGAGGUGUACAAGAAGAGCGCGCAGAUGCAGGAGGGCGCGAUGGCCAUCUGGAAGGAGAUGCACUCCAUGGGCGGCCUCGGGGCUCUCGCCGGCGGCGGGCCGCGCGGCGGCCCCGCGCAGGCGAACGAAGGGCGUCAAGGCCGGCGUUCUGGGCUUCCUGUGGGACUCAUCCUUUUGGGUGGAGACGGUGGGCGGGUGGACGGGGGCCGCGGGCGCGAUGUGCGCGGUCGCGCUGAUCGCCGCCAACGCCGCCCCGCGCGUCCCGGCCCCGGCGUCGUGAGUCGGGCGCCCACACCCCCCGGAUUCGAGGGGUGUGUUUCCUCAGAGCGGUCGUCUGAAGUCGCACCGGGCGCGACGUGGGCCCGCGGCGGCGCGAGAGGACGAGGAGGCGGCGUCGUGGCGCCGGCCGCGAGGGUCGCUCGCUGUGAGGCUGCACGCACUGCCGCGUUGAUGUCAUCGCGUGGUGUGUUGAAUGUAUCGCUCUGUGCCGCUCGUGUCGAUUGCGAACAGCCCAGGUCGCGGUCAGUCGCCAGCGUGCAGGGAGAGCUCGGCGGGGACGGGGUUCUGCCCCCACGGCAGCCCUCGCGGCGGGACAACUGA